AUGGAGUUCAUUGAUGAAGCUGUUCAAUCCUUCCUCAGUCGGGAUGGACUACCCCUGCCUCGCAUCACCCUUGGUGCCGUUAAUCGAGAAGGAACUCUACACUACGCAAAGUGUUUUGGUGGCAACCAGGAGGAAGAUUACAGGUUUGAUGAUGUACACUGGAUUGCGUCCGCAACCAAAUUCAUCACAAGCAUUGCGGUCAUGCAAUGCGUCGAAAAGGGGCUGUUGGACUUGGACGCAGACAUCUCUGCAAUCCUGCCUGAGUGGAAAGACCCCAAGAUCUUGACUGGAUUCAGCGAGAAGAACGAGCCCCAAUUCCGACCAGCAAAACGACCUCUUACUCUUCGGCUCCUCUUGACCCACUCAUCUGGGAUGGCCUAUACCUUCAUGCACCCGCUUUCGAUGCGCUACCAAGAGCUGGAGGGCGAGCGGCCCGUGUUUCUGCAGACAAUCCGGGAAUCAUUCCACACGUUUCUGGUGUUCGAGCCAGGAGAACAAUGGAUGUAUGGCCCUGGACUUGAGUGGGCUGGGCUAAUGAUCGAGAAUGUGACGGGACUGAAACUAGGUGAAUACAUGGAGAAAAAUAUCUUUCAACCAGUGGGAGCUAGAGACAUUACUUUCCAUCUGGAUGAGAGACCAGACCUGCGCGCCCGAAAGGUGAAGCAGUGGGAACGAGAUCAUCACCGACUCAGAGAGGUCACAAACUUCUGGAUGCCCGACCCAGUUAUAGACGACAUUGGAGGUGGCGGAAUCUACACAACUGUCCCUGAUCUCCUCAAGAUCUACUUAGGGGUGUUGCAGGAAAGACUGCUCCGACCCGAGAGUCUGCAACUGAUGUUCAAGCCACACUUGGAGAGCCGCAAGGGCUUGGAUAACCAAGAGGACCACAUUCUAGCAAACCGCAAUGCGAUUUAUAAUGCCGUUUCUAGCAAUAUACCUGUGGACUAUGGGCUUAGCGGUCUGCUUAACACGAUCGACAUGCCUGGUGCUCGCGGCCAGUACUCGCUGUCCUGGUCCGGACGCCCCAAUUGCUACUGGUGGAUCGACACGAAGAAAGGUGUUGCUGGCGUGUUCUUGUCCCAACUUCUCCCCACCGGCGACCAAAGGGCUGUCGAUCUUCUGGGUGAGUUCGAGCGAGCCAUCUAUGCCGUGUUGGGAUAA